AUGACUACUCGUACAGUCCCCCCUCCCCCCUCAGAUCCUGCUACUCCCAGCGAAUGGGGCCCCGGCACGCCCAACUCUGGGACCACCUCGUUGUCCGCACUGUCGGUGGUAGCGAUCAAAGAUGGCACAGCUGGGCAUGGAGGAAGAGGUGCUGCAGCCUCCACAAACACUCUGGAAGCUGAGCGCGCCGACCGCAUCUCACGUCUUGCAGGUCUGGAGCGAGUGGCCACAUCUCGCUCGACACCUCUCGGACACCUUGUACCUGGAUCAAGUGCGGCAUAUGGCACUGGAUUUGACAACGUACCUCAGUUCCGAGAGCGGAGUACGGUAGGCAGUGCAAGUGCGACAGGCAGUGUAGGUGGUAGAACUACGUGGGCGAGUGGGAGCAUCGACUAUGACGCAGAUAAGAUGAGCGAAGAUCAAGACGACGAAGUGUCAAGUACAGGGGGCUUCAGCGAUGAAGACAAAGCCAGCCUUGUCGGAUUCGGUGAAGGAGCUGGCAGCACUGUCAGCGGUCCAGUGUCUACACCUUAUAACACCCGAGCUUCUAUCUCUCGACAGAGCACAAACGUCAAUGCACCGCCCACACCGCGAACAGGUACGGUGGCGGGCUUUGGAUCCGGUCAAAGCACGCCCAUGAGUGGAAUCACACCCAGUGCCGCUGCUGGAAGCACAGAUCCAAAGAUGAUGGAUGGGAUGAGCUACGACCAGAAUUUCAUUGAUACGACAAUGCAACCUGCACCUCUGAUUGAUCAGCCACACUCGGGAAGCCGAUUCUCUGGCGUCGGCGCUGAGAUGGCCGAGGGGAUAUUACGCGACAGGUUGCACGAUGCUGAGCACCCCCAGCACCCUUUGGGCACGGCCGAUAACCAAACACUGGGCAAGUUUCCAUUCGAGAAGGAAUAG